AUGACGAGCUGCUGCUGCCGCCGUUCCAUGCCGUGCCGCCGCGCAGCCGCUCCCGCCCGCCGCGCUGACCGCGCGCCAGCGAUCCGCCUCGACUCCGCCCGGCGCCGCAUCGAGUGCGCGGGGCGCUGCGUGCUGGCGGACGUGCCCGCCGGCACCAGCUUCCACCUCGCCGCCACUGGCGCGGAGCGGGGGAAGGGAGAAAGUUGGGAGGGAGAAAACGGGGAGGGAGAAAACGGGGAGGGAGAAAGCAGGGAGGGCGGGGAUGAGGGCGGGUUUUCCGGCGCGUUUCUGGGCGCCACGUUGGACUGUCCACGUCACCAUGCGGUGGUGGAUCUGGGGACUCUCAGGGGUCACGAGUUCAUGUGCUGCUUCCGGUUCAAGCUGUGGUGGAUGACCCAGCGCGUGGGCACGUGCGGCAGAGACGUGCCCGUGGAAACACAGUUCCUGCUCCUGCGCCUGCUGCCUCCGCCACCACUGCAGGCUGGCAAGCGUUUGAAUCACACAGCAACGAGCACUGGGGUCGGAGAGAACGCCUCCUUAGGCACAGCGAGCAGUAGAGUUGGAGAGACCAAGUUCAUUGAAGGCAUUGAGGGCAGAGAAGGCAGGGAGAACGGUGGAGGGAGCGAGGGCAGUGGAGCAGUGUACGUGAUGGUGAUGCCGCUGCUGGACGGUGUGUUUGCCGCAUCACUGCAGGGCUCCCCACACGAUCGCCUGCAGCUCUGCCUUGAUUCCGGUGAUCGCUACGUGAGGGGCAGUGUGGCGCAGCGAGGGGCGUUCAUGGGGGCGGGCAGCAACCCCUUUGACACCAUCGCACGCUCCAUUAAGGCCGUGCAGCAGCAGCUGGGCACGUUCAAGAGGCGGGAAGAGAAGCCGGCCACUGCUGCUGAUGAGGCCGUGGAGGGGGAGGGGGAGGGUGAAGGAGAGGGGGGAGAAGAAGAGGGAGAAGAGGAGAGUGAAGAGGAAGAAGGGGAGAGAGUAGGGGAGGGAGAAGGAGAGCAAAGGAGCAAUGGAAGGGGGGAGAAGGCAGUCGGAGUGGAGCAGGUGAAGGCUGAAGCACACGUAGGUGGUUCUGGCACUGGUAAUGACCACCACAACCGCCAUUGCCAUUCGUCAUCGCACUUGGAUUCCCCGCCUCGCUUACCCUCACCACCUACUACUUUCCCACCCGCGGAGAGUGCUGCUCUUUAUGGUGUGGAGGCGGAAGCAGCAGCGGCAGCAGCAAGGGAAUGCAGAGUGCAGGCGGCGCAAGCAGGUGUCCGAGCGGACAUGAUUCCCUUGGAUGCUGUGGGGGAGGUGGUGGAUGCGGGGGAGGCGAGUCGCAUGGGAGACAUUGGGAGUUGUGGGGAGGUACUGGGAGGGGAUGGUGCGGUGCCAGUCGAACAUGGUGUCAUUGGGUUUGCUCCCACGUGGGGGCGAGAGGAGUGUGCGGGUGGACGCAUCAGUGAUGGGGGCAGAGGGGGGAUUGGAGAGGAGGAGGGCGAGGCGGAGGAGAGCGGGCAGGGGGGAGAAGGGGAAGAGGGCGGGAUUGGUGUGGAGGCGCCAGUGGACAUAUGGGCGCUGAAGAAGAGGCAUGGACUCAGGCAAGUCAGGGAUGCGGGCAUGGAAUGCGAUGCAAAGGAUGGGAACACAAAACGUCCAACGCAAGUGUACAUGUGGCACGCGCUGAUCGGCUACUGGGGGGGCGUGCACCCGUCCGUCCCCGCCUUCCGCCCCUUCUCCCCCUCCCUCGUCUUCCCAACACCCUCCCCCGCCAUGCUACACGCGCAGCCCGACCUGUCAGAGGACUGCCUCGUGCUCAACGGCCUCGGCCUCAUCUCCCCGUCCCUCGCCCUGCCCUUCUUCUCUGCGCUGCAUGCGCGCAUGGCGCGGUGGGGAGCGGACGGCGUGAAGGUGGACGUGCAGAACGUGCUGCAGAUGCUGGGCGCGGGGCAGGGCGGCCGCGUGCAGCUCGCACGGGGGUUCUACGGUGCGCUGGAGGAGGCGGCGGGGAGGGCGUUUGGCGGCGAGGGGCGCGUGCUGGCGUCCAUGAGCCAUGGCGUCGACUCGCUGCUCUCCGUGGGGUCGCUCCUCACGUUGGUGCUGGUGGGGUGGAUUCGGAGGAAGGGCAUGCUUUCUUCUCGUCUUCUUUUGCUUUGCUACCAUGGGGAUGGGUAUCGUGAGCGGGUGUCGUGUGUGAGAUUCCACAGCAUGAAGCAGACGGCUGUGAUGCGCGCAUCCGAUGACUUCUGGCCCCACGAUGCUGCCUCGCAGACUGCCCACCUCAUUGCUAGCGAAUGCCGCUGCAUGCCUAUCUGCUGCAACACCUGCCUUACUCCCCUCCGUCCCUCAACCCCAUACUCCCCUCUCCCCCCUCUCCUCUCUCUCUACCCUCUCUCCCCUCUCCCCUCUCAACCCCUCUCCCUCCGCUCUACCUUCUCCCCCCUCUCCUCCCUCUCCCCUCUCUCCCCUCUCUCCCCUCUCUCCCCUCUCUCCCACCUCUCCCUCUUCCCCACCCUCUCCCCCCUCUCCCACCUCUCCUCUCUCUCCUCCCUCUCCCCCUCUCUUUCUUCUCCUCCCUCUCCCCCCUCUCUUUCUUCUCCCCCCUCUCCCCCCACUCCACCCUACCCCGCCUCUCCCCACUCUCCCCGCUCUCCCCCUUCUCGCCCCUCUCCCCGUCUCCCCUCUUUCCCCCCUCACCCCCCUCUUCCCCCACUCCCCCCUCUCCCACCUCUCCCCCCUCUCCUUCCUCUCUCCUCCCUCUCCCCCUCUCUCUCUCCCCCCCCCACCUCUUCUCCCUCACUCCCCUCUCCUCCCUCUCCUCCCUCUCCUCCCCCCUCUUCCCCCUCCCCCCCCCUCUCCUCUCUCUCCUACCCCUCGCCCAUCUCCCACAUCGCCCUCCCUGCACGGCGCAGUGACAAGCCCGGGCAGCACAGCAGCGCACUGCUGGCACGCCUGGUGCUGCCCGACGGCUCUCUGCUGCGCGCGCUGCUGCCCGGCCGCCCCACCCGCGACUGCCUCUUCCUCGACCCCGCUGCACACCCCCCCAGGCUGCUCAAGGUGUGGAACAUCAACCCCUGUGGCGGUGUUGUGGGUGUCUUCAACUGCCAGGGGAACGCAGCGGAGAGGCUAUGGAGCUUUGGGACGCAUUUGUGCACUGCAUCCCCCGCUGCCACAUUCCACUGUGACACCAUCCUUCCCCUUUACUCUGCCCUUCCACCAUCCUUCCCCUUUACUCUGCCCUUCCACCAUCCUUCCCCUUUACUCUGCCCUUCCACCAUCCUUCCCCUUUACUCCUGCACAAAUCCCCAUUGCCAGCUCGCUUCCCCCCCCUCAUCUCUCUUCAGCCAGUAA